AGCACCGAACGGACGCGAAUCCUUCAAUCACAAAAUCACGCACAGAAAAAAAGAAGAGAAUUGCAGCUAGGGAAAAAAAACAACAGGAACCAGGUUUUUCCCCGCGAGUGACGACCACCCCUCGCGGAAGAUCCGUCGUCGAAUUCGGGAAGUGCGAUUUGAAGGUGGGCAGCUGUGCACACAAUCCAGGUGGCAAAGUUUUCGGGGGAGCUUUUUAAGCGAGUGUUGGGUGAAAAAUCAUGAAAAUUCUCGAGCCUGCAGUGUGAGGAGGCUUUUCUUCCCCCCUCCGACUCCGGUGGAUGGCCAUUCCGAACCAAGGCCUUCGUUUGGAUUAGAAGAAGUGUUUAGUGAGUGCAGCCAGGUGGAAAGCCCAUUUUCGAGCUUAACCAAGUGAAUACGACCAAAAUUAAGUUUAGCUUUUUUGGUGGGCUACAAGAAAGCAGUGCUUAAGCGGUUAAGAGCUAGUUUUAUUGUGCAACCCCCCUCCCACAAGAAGAAGAUGCUGGUUGAACGGUUCCAUAUGGUGGCGUCGUCGACGGUGUUCCUGUUGACCGUGGGCCUGCUGGCCGAGCUGGCCAGUGGACUGGUGGAGAACAGCAAUGACACGAAGACCAGCUCCGGAAGCUACGCCGUGGGACGGUUCCCCUUUCUGAUGCCAAAAGUUAUCCCCUACAAGCCCGAGCUUUACCUGUGCACCCCCGUCAAGGUGGACUACACCAAAAGUUACUACAUAGUGGGCUUCGAGCCAAACGCCACGAUGGCCACGGCGCACCAUAUGCUGCUGUACGGAUGUGGAGCACCGGGCUCGGAAUCGGCAGUGUGGAACUGCGGCGAGAUGGCCAAGAGCGACCCGGACGGCAAGGAGGAAGUGGGCAGCCCCUGCGGCACCGGCUCGUCCUCGCAGAUCAUAUACGCGUGGGCACGGGACGCCCCGAAGCUGGAGCUGCCCGAGAACGUUGGCUUCAAGGUGGGCAAGGACUCGCCGAUCAAGUACAUCGUGCUGCAGGUGCACUACGCGCACAUUGACAAGUUCAAAGAUGGCACCACCUACGACGAUUCCGGAAUUUUCCUGCAUUACACGCUAAAAACCAUGACCAAACAGGCCGGAGUGCUGCUGCUCGGAACCGGCGGCUACAUUCCGCCGAACAAGGUCGAACACAUGGAGACGCUGUGCGACAUCCGCGAGAACAAGACGAUCCAUCCGUUCGCCUACCGGACGCACACGCACAGCCUGGGGCGGGUCGUUUCCGGUUACCGGGUGCGGGUCGACGAACAGGGCACCGACCACUGGACCCGGCUCGGAAAGCGCGACCCGCUGACGCCGCAGAUGUUCUACCCGGUGGAGAGCACCGAGCCGAUUCUGUACAAGGACCGGUUGGCCGCGCGGUGCACGAUGGAGAGCAAUCGGAACACGAUCACCAAUAUUGGUGCGACCAACAAUGACGAGAUGUGCAACUUUUACCUGAUGUACUACGUGGAAAACGACGAACCACUGUCGAUGAAGUAUUGCUUCAGCAAUGGGCCGCCAUAUUUCUACUGGCGCAACAAGGAAACCGAGCUCAACAACAUCCCCGACUACGAUGCCAGUCAUCUGUAAGGUGGGCCAGAUUUCAAAACUGAAACAAACAAAAAACAAAAACACAAAACUGGGAACCAUGUAAAACACACCCCCGCCUCACCUUAAACUAUAUCCCCUUCAAAAACAGUCACAUACACCCUUUUCACUCUAUUCUCGUACUGCUAGCUAAAAAUAUACAAACUUUUAAAAGAAAAUUUCACAAUACUAAAACAAAUCAGAACAUCACAACGUAAAACGUUACCUGUAAAGAAUGCAGCUAAAAUUCGUCAAAUUUUAACACUUACCCUCUAGCAAAAAAAAAAAUAAACACUCAAAAACAGAAUCAAUCUUUCGAACCAUAUCAGCAUAAAAAAAAGGUUUUAAAACACUGUGCUCUAAUCACAAAUCACACAGAAAAAGAACUAAAAGACAACACAACCAAGAAUGGUCGAAAAUCAAAGGUAGAAAAGGCGACAUCACAUUUAUCGUUUUUUAAUGUUUAGAGUCGAAAACUGUUUCAAGUCUAGUCAGAGGAGAAAAAAUCAAAUCAUUCUGAUGAUCCCUUAAUUUUUUAAACUGACCCAAACCCUCCCGGUUUAAGUUACUUAGACUGAGUCCAUUUUCGUACUUGCAGAAUUCGACCAAAAUAACUGGUGACUCUCUUCGAAAAAGUUACUCUGUGGUACUCUCUUAGUUUUUGCAAGAGAGGGUAUGAGAGAGCAAACCUAAAUACAAACUACGAAAGAGAGAGAAAGGCAGAAAAGAGCAAAAACGCAAUUCUGUCGGAGAGAGAGUUUUCAUUUCUUAUUUUAAGUGAAAUGAGCUAUCUUUUAGGAGUUCUGCAAGUUCGAAAAUGGAUUACAAUUUUUUUUUUAUUUCGUCCAGAAAAGUACUCUAAGCAACAAGAGUGGUGGCAAAUCGAACGAAUGCAAUCGAUGGUACAAGAAGGAAGAGCUGUGAGAGGAGGACAGAAUCAGAGAGCGGUUAAGCUUAAAUUUUCCAGAGUUUAUGAAACUUAUAGAUAGCACGAGGCAAAUGUGAGGACGCAAGUGUGAGACACGAGACUGGAUAGAAUGGGAUAGCGAGAAACCCGUUAAAGCUUUUUUAUAAAUAGUUUUGUUUUUAUUUUGAUUUUCAUAUACACCUACAAAAAGAGGACACAAUCACUUAAACAGAAACGCUUGAUUGUUUUGUUAGCAAGUUGGUUUUCUCACUAUGAAAGGUUCUAAGAAGCAGAAAAUAUCAGGAAUUGGUGUGUACUUAACGAUGCAAAAUCUCUCCCCUGUAGAUAUCUCAUACCAGAAAUUUUAACAACUGACAGGUUCAAUUAUACAAGAGAUUUAAAAUCAUUUUUUAAAUUGCAGUGUGUAUAAAGGUGGCAGUAGUAAAAAAACACUAAUCGGUAACUAUUACAACACAUACUAUCUAUUGGUGUAUGCAAGUAAAGAGAAAAUAAAAGCGGCAGCUGUACAACUAAGAACUGCGUUAAGAAAAUCCAAACUGAAACUGAUCACACAUCUUCUAAAGAGUGCUAAAAUCCAACGUGACAUAACAAAAGAAUUUCAAACUUCCCGCCCGUCUGUAAAGUUACCCAAAAAAGACAUAGAAGUAAAAAAAACACACAACAAAUCAUAUGAUAGAGGAAGAAAAAAAACACAAAUGUAGCAAAGCAACAAACCCCCAAUUUUUCCUAUUAAGAAGUAAAGAGGAGAAGUAUAAUCCAGAAAAUUACCCUUAGGGAUUUGUAGACUUGAUAAAGAAAACAAACUGGAAUAACAAAUCUUCUCGUGAGUGUAAAAUAUAUUUAACUAAACUUAUAAAAAGUUCGGCAUACAAAAAAAAACACACACACACACAUCAUCAUUACACUAUCAUUAGAGAAAGUGAGCGGCAUGUGCAACA